AAAAGAACGGAACAGAAUCGAAGCUAGAAGGUCGGACGCCAUUUUGUCUUUCUUUUAGAAGCAGUGGUCGAGAAAGACCCUGCUUGAAUAGGAAAAGGAACAUCCUUGAUAAUCAAGACCAUCAUACAGACACAUUCAAAAAUUCACAAUGUCUGGUAAUUGGAACAAUAGCCGUGGUGGGAGUGGUGGCUCCAAGUUUGGUGGUGGGGGAUCCAGAUUUGGAGGAGGAGGAGGUGGUGGUGGUGGUUAUGGCAAUAAAAAAGAGUUCUCAGGAGGCCAAAACAUGAGACGACCAAACUGGGAUUCUCUUUCUCUACAGCCAUUUAACAAAGAUUUCUACAAUCCACCUCCAUCUGUGCUGAAUAGAUCUCCAUAUGAAGUAGAGCAGUUUAGAAAUGAACAUGAGAUAACAGUGAGUGGAGCUCACAUCCCCAAUCCUAUUCAGCACUUUGAAGAGGGAAAUUUCCCUGACUAUGUCAUGCAAACAAUAAAGAGCUCCGGAUACAAUGAUCCAACACCUAUUCAGGCACAGGGCUGGCCAAUGGCUAUGUCUGGGAAGAAUUUAGUUGGAAUUGCUCAGACUGGCUCUGGAAAAACUUUGGCCUAUAUAUUACCUGCUAUUGUACACAUAAACAACCAACCACCUGUGCGGAGAGGUGAUGGGCCUAUUGCCCUUGUCUUAGCACCUACGAGAGAGUUAGCACAACAGAUUCAGCAAGUUGCCACUGACUUUGGCAAUGCAGCCUAUGUGCGAAACACUUGCAUAUUUGGUGGAGCACCAAAAAGAGAACAAGCUCGGGACUUGGAAAGAGGGGUGGAAAUUGUUAUUGCCACACCAGGAAGAUUGAUAGAUUUUUUGGAAAAGGGAACAACCAAUCUACAACGUUGCACCUAUUUAGUAUUAGACGAAGCUGACCGUAUGUUGGACAUGGGUUUUGAACCCCAAAUAAGGAAAAUUAUAGAACAAAUUCGUCCUGACAGACAAACUUUGAUGUGGUCUGCAACAUGGCCCAAAGAAGUUAAAAAAUUGGCUGAAGACUACCUGGGAGAUUAUUUGCAAAUUAAUAUUGGAUCCAUGCAGUUGUCUGCUAACCACAAUAUUCUACAAAUUAUUGAUAUAUGCCAAGAACAUGAAAAGGAAAACAAGCUAAAUGUACUACUUCAAGAAAUUGGACAAAAUCAAGAACCGGGAGCAAAGACACUUAUAUUUGUGGAGACCAAGAGAAAAGUAGAAAAUAUAACUAGAAAUAUAAGACGCUAUGGCUGGCCAGCUGUAUGCAUGCAUGGUGACAAGACUCAGCAAGAGCGAGAUGAUGUUCUGUACCAAUUCAAGCAAGGCAGAGCAAGCAUUCUUGUUGCCACUGAUGUUGCAGCAAGAGGACUGGAUGUGGAUGGGAUCAAAUAUGUUAUUAACUUUGAUUAUCCUAACUCAUCUGAAGACUACAUUCACCGAAUCGGAAGAACAGGUCGCUCUAAAUCAAAAGGAACCUCUUAUGCCUUUUUCACACCUUCCAACUGUCGUCAGGCCAAAGAUCUUGUAUCAGUACUACAAGAAGCCAAUCAGGUUGUGUGUCCUCAACUUCAAACCAUGGCUGACCGAUCUGGUGGUGGUGGCGGUGGAUGGAACAGGAACAGGUAUGGCGGUGGACGUGGAGGUGGCUCCUUCAAAAGAGGAUCAUCAAACUUCGGCAGAGGCAAUGGACAUGGUGGUGGAGGUGGCCACAAAAGAUUUAAUGAAUAUUGAAGUAAUUAAGAAAUAGUGAUUAAGUGAAUCCUCAGAAAUAAAAUAAGUGUAUGAAUGGUGUUUAGCGAAUGUACCUAAAUGUACUUGUUUGGUGUUUCAACCUUUUCACUUUCUAAUAGAUUUUUUUAUUUUUUGUGAUUUAUCAAAACUAGCAAAUGAGAACAUGAGUAAAUAUUUAAGUUUUUCUGUGAUAAUAUAAUAUUAGUGAGGAUUCUGUCUUAAAUUAUAAACUUCUAAUAUAAGUUAUUAUUUGUCUAUUGUUCCACUGCAGGUGUAUCAUCCAUUUAUAUCUAUCCACACUGUUUCAACAGAAUUAUGAUCCACAAAAUGUCAUUCCAAUAGUUACGAUCAGUCUAUCGAGUAUCGAUAUUGGUUUUAAAUAAACUAGUUUAAUUCAAAA